GAGGCGGUGGCCGGGUGGGACCCGCCCGCUCCCGGAGUAGAGGAGCCGGGUUCCCGGCGUCGCUGCCCCACUUGUCCGAGUGCCUGCCCGCCGGCCCCCGGAGGCCAGCCAUGUCCUGCUACAUCUACCAGCUGCCCGCCUGGGUGCUGGACGACCUGUGUCGCAACAUGGACACGCUCAGCGAGUGGGACUGGAUGCAGUUCGCCUCCUACGUGAUCACAGACCUGACGCAGCUGCGGAAGAUCAAGUCGAUGGAGCGGGUGCAGGGCGUGAGCAUCACGCGGGAGCUGCUGUGGUGGUGGGGCAUGCGGCAGGCCACCGUCCAGCAGCUGGUGGACCUCCUGCGCCGCCUGCAGCUCUACCGCGCAGCCCAGAUCAUUCUGAACUGGAAACCAGUUCCUGAAAUCAAGUCUUCUUUGCUAGACUUCCCGGAUGCUGCGAAGCCAGGAAGGCAAUUGGCAGCUUCUGUAAGAAGCACUGAAGAUGAACAGGAAAAGGGGCCGUCCGUGAGGCCAGCCGCCUUUCCAGGCCCAGGGCACAGCCAGACCCAUGGUCCCUCCUUCCCAGGGCCUGCUCCAGCAAGAGCCAACCUCUCGCCUCCUUCCACAGAUGCCCCUCAUUUCUUAAAAACCAACUUUCCUGUUUCAUCUGAUUCAAAGGACUUUAGCACCUCCAUUCCUCAGCAGGAAACACUUGUGAGCCAGGCUGAAGACAGCCUUUUCUGGAGCGAGGCAGACGUGGUCCAGGCAACUGAUAACUUCAACCAAAACCACAAAAUCAGUGAGGGGACCUUUGCUGACAUCUACAAAGGGCAAAGGCAUGGCAUGGCAUUCGUUUUCAAGAAGCUCAGAGAGGUGGCCUACUCAGGUCCAGGAUCAGUCGAAAAGUUCUUCCAGGCGGAGGUACAAAUUUGUCAUAGAUGCCGCCACCCCAACGUCUUACCUCUGCUGGGCUUCUGCCCCGGAAAUCGGUUUUACAGCUUGAUCUACCCAUACAUGGCAAAUGGUUCUUUACAGGACAGACUCCAGGCUCAGGGAGGCGCAGACCCCCUCCUCUGGCCGCAGCGUGCCAGCAUCUGCUCUGGGCUGCUCCGUGCUGUGGAGCACCUGCACGGCUUGCAGAUCGUCCACGGCAAUGUCAAGAGCUCCAACGUUUUGCUAGACCAAAACUUCACCCCCAGGCUGGCUCAUCCAAUGGCUCACCUGUGUCCAGACAACAAAAGGUCAAAAUAUACCAUGAUGAAGACUCACCUUUUCCAGGCCUCAGCUGCGUACCUGCCGGAAGAUUUCAUCAGGGUGGGGCAGCUGACAAAACGGGUGGACAUCUUCAGCUGUGGAAUUGUGCUGGCUGAGGUCCUCACCGGCAUCCCUGCAAUGGAUAACGACCGAAGUCCAGUUUACCUGAAGGAUUUACUCCUCAGUGAAAUCCCAAGCAGCACCACCUCGCAGUGCUGCAGGAAGACGGGCGUGGAAAAAGUGAUGGCUAAGGAGAUCUGCCAGAAGUACCUGGAGAAGAGGGUUGGGAGGCUGCUGGAGGACUGUGCUGAGGCCUUGGCCAUGGCUGCCUGCAUCUGCCUGCGGAGGCGAAAUGCUGACUUGGUGGAGGUGUGUGGCUCUGUGGCUGCUGUGGAACAGCGGCUCAGAGGUCAGGAGACAUUGCUGCCUUUGAGUGGGCUUUCUGAGGGCACAGGCUCUUCCUCCAACACCCCAGAAGAAACAGAUGACGUGGACAAUUCCAGCCUCGAUGCCUCCUACUCCAUGAGGGUAGUACCCGGGCCUGGGGCUGCUGCCUCACUCCCCUCAACAGAGGAUGGAGAAGGCAGCCUGCGGGUCUGUGGGGGAGUGCAGGCAGACAGCUCCACUGUGGCCUGUGGCAGUCCGGAGCCUCCCCAGGACGCUGCAGAGACUUCAUGGAAAAUCGAGAUCAAUGAGGCCAAAAAGAAACUGAUGGAGAAUAUUGUGUUCUACAAAGAAGGGAAACUGGACAGCAUUGAGCUUUUUGGCCCCUGAUGACUAGAGAGCACAGCUUGUCCUCAAUUGGAAAGAUGAACACCAAAUCAAGAAAAAAAUCUGAGGCAGAAUCAUAAUCUCCCAGGAAACACCAAACAUCAGCUUUCCUGGGCAGGAGAGAGAAGCUUCCAUCUUACCAGAGUGAGUUAGGGAGGAAGGGACCUUGGCUUUUCAAGACACAAAAAUCCAUGAAGUCAUCGUUCUUUCUGGGAUUUGUCAAUCAGAGCUGGGCAUCUGGAGACCAAAGUGGAAACCCUGAUCCAUGGGCCCAGGAUGUGGGUGAUUUUGUGGUUUUGGGGUGUGUGUGGUAAUACCCAGCUCACACCCCUCAAGAAUGGAGGGAGGAUUGUCAGUGGCACUUUCCAAAGUUAAAUCUUUCUGGGUCAUAUUUGCCGACAACCACCUGCCAGUUUCCAUGGCCUGAAAGAUUCUUAGCUUGUGGCCCAGUGCAGUUCUUAAUCCACAGCCCAAGGUCUUGAGUUUACACAUGCCAGACACCUGGCAGAGGGCUCGGCAGGUUUUCUACUUUCUCCCUCAGAAAUCCUGUAACCCACAGAUAUUUAUUUAAUGCCUCCUCCACACCUUUACCCUCCCAUCCCACUAAUGCUAAUAUUUUUAGUGGAGCUUUUAUUUUGAGAGUAUGUAUUAUUUAUGGGUGAAUGAAGACUCAAGAGAGCUAGUUUCAUGCCCAGUUCUGUUGCUAUUUAAACCAAUUAUUUAAUUCCUGGAACCCUGGUUUUCUUAUAAGCAACACCUGUUUGUUUUCCUUCACUGGGUUGUUGGAAGGAACAGGUGAGACAUGGCUAUAGAAGUACUUUGAAAAUGCACGUGUCCUUUUUUAUAAAAUAAAUAAAAAGACAUUAAACAUAUAUUUCUGCCAUGUACCUAAGGUUUAUGCACUGGGUAUUUUUCUGAAAAGUCAUGUCGCAAAUCUUUUUGUGAAACAAGUGUUAUUUUAAAUUCAGUGCGUCCUAUUUUAAAGAAGCCUACUGUAGUGAUUUUCUUUUUUUGUAAAAUAAAAAUACAUUCAUAAAGUCAAA